GUUACAUUAACCUUGUUUUUUUUGUAAAGCAGAGAUGUGAUUCUUUCUUUUAACAUGUUACAUUAACCUUUUUUUUCUAAAGCAGAGAUCUGAAAUAAAUAUGAUAUCAUCACCAAAGUGUGUAGUAGAUGCAAUAGCGGCCCUCUCACAGGACCAAAAGAAUAAGAUCAAAGAGUUGGGCUUUGGGGAGCUUCUAAAGUUUAGUUUAGAUGGCUUUGGAGACCGCUACAUGCUAGAAUUCCUCAUGGACCACACAGACCCAGAAAAUAUGGAAAUUCGAGUGGGGGGAGGAGAUAAGAACCUGCCCAUCAAUGAACACGUAGUACAAUGCGUUCUUGGCGUGCCAACUGGAAAGGGAAGAGACACACCAGAUUCCCCCUACAUGGAAUCUGAACUUAACAAUCUGAGAACAGAGCUUGGUGUCAAAACUGACAAAAUUAAAAGCUCUGACCUCAUAGCCAAGAUCAAUGGUGGUGGCACAGACUAUUUGACCAUCCGUUGCUUUUUUAUUCUGUUGUGCUACAAACUUCUGUUCCCUGGUUCACAAAACCAUGUUACCAAGCGGGAGGUUGCCCUGACCCAUUCACCCAAGGACAUUGCGGAGGUGAACUGGGCAAAGGCUGUUGUCGAUAACCUCCGUUCGGCAGCCCGCAAGUGGCACUCUGAUAAGUUGGCGGUUUCAAAGAAGAAAAGGACACUCUCUGGUUCUGUGACAUUCUUACUGUUGUACUAUCUAGACCAUCUACGGAGUCCUCACAGUAUACCUUGCAUUAUCACCCCGAGGACUUCCGUCUACACCACGGAUAUUAUCAAAAAAAUCAUAAAAGCAGACAAGAGGAGUCGCAGUGGUCACAUUUAUGGCCUCCUAGAUUUCAGGAGCAUGGUGGGUACAUGCUAUUCAAUGGGUAGUAGGCAACUUGUUCCGAACAUCAGAAUUGAACCGUUGCAUUCCAAUUUUUUUCAAGAUUUAAGCCCACGAAAGAGGGAAAUUGCCACAUCAUAUGUCAACACAGUUGAGCAUUCCAAUUUUUUUCAAGAUUUAAGCCCACGAAAGAGGGAAAUUGCCACAUCAUAUGUCAACACAGUUGACAUUUUGAUGGAACAAAUUUUGAAGGAGAGGAAUCAGUUUAUGAUCUCCAUGGGCGCGCAAGAUGCCCAGAACAGCAGCAGAGCAGCUGAGCCUCAGGGCGGUGACUCAGGGAUCCAAGAUGAUCCCCGGAACGAGCAUUCUGAAGCUUAUCCUUCUCCUGCUGCUGAUGAUGCUCUUCCUUCUGAUGACACUAAUCCCAGGUAUGCCGAGCUAGCAGAAGCUAUGUCUACCAGGGAGCAGAAGAGGAAGGAACCAAGUAGUAUGACUCAUGCGGCACCACAGUCAUCACAUGGUACACCAACAUCUCCCAGGGCCUCGGUCGACACACCUGAUGUGUCGAAUGAUCUGCUCCAUCCACCGGAGACGACUCAGGAGGAUGCCUCACUCCAUCCGACGCAGCAGAUUCAGGAGGAGGAUCUGGAGACACCCGUCGCUCCGCUUAAUCUUGAAAUGGCAACUGCACAAGCUUUGUACAAAGAGGUGCUAUCAUUUUCAGUUGACGAUAUUUUGAAGCGGAAAUAUGACCCUUUCAAGCACAUCCUGUAUCUUGGAAAAGCACAUCCUGUAUCUAGGAAUAGCACAUCCUUGACACUAAACUGUCGCAAUGACCCGGGCCUCCCCUUCGCGCUCACCAUCCGCGCGGGGCUCGACCCGCUAAGCUCCUCGGCGCGCGAACCCUUCGCGCUUGCCGCCGAGUUCUUCAACCUCCUCUCCUUCGACCCGUCUUCUUCCUCCGUCUCAAGCCUCGCCUUGGCAACUUCCCGCUCUCCGGCAUGCUCCGCUCCCCCGCGGCGGCGGCGGCGGCCCGGGCUGCACUGCUCGCCGUGCUGUUCCAGUUAA